CGCUCACCAUGGCUACGUCUACAACCGCGAUCUAGUGCCACUCAGGAUUAUCAGACAGCGACAGGUGGCGUGUUACUUUAACACCCUGUUUAGUUUAGCGCGGAAGUAUUUGGACGCGGUUUUGGACGCGGCCCAAGUGAGACCGGCAGGGCCUGAACGGCAAAGAGAGACGAGCAGGAUAUUACUCACGUAAACAAGUCGGCGUGUCAGACAGGACACUUCGAGCUGUAAAGAGUGAUGCAGGUGGAUCGUCGUUGGACGGAGGUUUUUAAUGACGAUGUGCGUGAGACCAUGCGCAGAGAGGAGACAUCGAAUCCAAUGAAGAGCUCGUGCCUCUCCGUCAGUCCCUCCACACCACGAUCACAACCGCUGACAAUCAGGAACAGUUACAGCUCCAAAGGAGAGUUUAGACCUUCAUCGAUGCCGUCCAUACCCAAUCCAUUCCCUGAACUUUGUAGUCCCUCGCACUCUCCAGUACGGGUCGGCUCGCUGGCGGGAAGUUCCACGCCCACCGAAGAAGACACGCAUGUGGUAAGGGUUUUCGGAGAGGACACACACAGUCGCUCUGUGGUCGUGUCGUCAGCGGCAACGGCGCGAGAGGUGUGUCAUAUUCUGGUCGAGUCGACUCACUGUACGGAUGAAGAGAACUGGGCUCUCCUCGAGCAGCACCCUUCACUAGGGCUUGAGCGCUGCCUUGAGGACCAUGAAGUGGUGUCUAAGGUGCAGUCGUCCUGGCCACAAGAUGGCGACACCAAGCUGCUCUUCCGUAAAAACUACGCCAAGUACGAGUUCUUCAAAAAGCCAGCGCAAUAUUUCCCAGAGAACAUGAUUUCUGACUGCACCGACGUCAAGACAGGAAUGACGCCAUCGCAGCUUGUCCAGAGUAUGCUGAAGUGCGGAUCAUGUCCAGAGAUUCAGGGCUACCUGCAUGUACGUGAAGCAGGAAAGAAGUCGUGGAAGAAACUGUACUUCAUUUUGCGACGAUCUGGACUUUACUGCUCCACCAAGGGCUCGUCUAAGGAGCCUCGACACCUUCAGUGUGUAGCUGAUCUCGAGGACGUCAGCGUGUAUACAGUCGGCAACAGUCGGAAACUCUACAGCUCACCCAAAGGACACACUUUCUGCAUGAAGACUAGCAGAGGCAGAUUUCACUCUCAGGAGCUUAAACUGUUGUGUGCGGACAGUGAACAGAGUAAAACCUGCUGGGUUACGGCCUUCAGACUGUUUAAGUAUGGGAAGCAGCUUCAGUGUAAUUACCUGUUGGCGCAGGCGAAUCCUAACCUACAGAUCCCCCCACGAAAUAACACCAAGCGAGCAGAUGGAGAGGAGUCGAUGGUAGCCAUGGAUUUCUCAGGAAAGAGCGGAGGCCGAGUGAUCCUCAACCCGCGAGAGGCCGAGAACGCUGAGCAGGAGGAGGGAUAUAACUGGAGGAAGAGAGAGGCGCUGCGCUACAGCCUACCAAACAGCAGCCACGGGUCACGACCUCCAGCCGUACACCAGACUCAGCCCUGGUUCCAUGGCGGCGUUUCCCGGUCUGAAGCCCAACAACUGCUGGAGGAGCAGGGUCAGGCGGAUGGGCUGUUUUUGAUUCGGGACAGUCAGCUGCACGCUCAGUGUUUUGUCUUGUCACUAUGUCAUCAGCGGAAGAUCAAACACUACCUGCUCAUUCCCUGUGAGGAGGGUGGCAGGCAGUACUACACGAUGGACGACGGUGUCACUCUCUUCAUUGACCUACUGCAGCUGGUGGAGUUUCACCAGAUUAAUCGGGGCAUCCUCCCCGUGUGCCUCAAACACCCGUGCAUACGCAUAGCUCUCUGACACCUAAUUCUGCACUCCCUGCACACAAACAAUACACAACAAAACCAUUGUGUCUAAGCCAUUCCAACUAAAAUGAGAUUGAAUUUGAAUGAGUAAUUCUACAGAAAUUAGUGCACAUUAUUUGUGCACAUCAUUUCUGCCCCAGCAGUUCACUUUUCAGUCGCUUGGUGAUGCUGGAGUUCACUGGAUGCAUUGGGGUUUUACAUCUGAUAGAUGAAGAAUUUUGCACAACGUUUUGACAGAGAAGCCUCUUUUUUUUUUCUUGCAGGUUAAUAUUUAUGAAUUAUGUAUUAUGAUUGCAGGUUCAUAUGUUUAUAUUCAUUUGUACACUUCUUGUUUUACAGCUGUAAACUGCAGGCGGGUAUUUAAAUCAGUCUUUAUUAUUUCUGUUAUGUUGUUGAAUAAAUUCUUCUGUAUACUCUGCCA